AUGGUUAAACAAUUUGAAGAAGUACGCGACCAUCCUGUACCUAAAGCAAUAUUUUACACUUGUAUGGACAGCAGAAUGAUCCCGACGAGAUUUACUGAAACGAGUGUUGGAGAUAUGUUUGUCGUACGGAAUGCUGGAAAUUUAAUUCCGCACUCUCAACAUUUUGGGGAUGAAAUGACUAGUUGUGAACCAGCCGGUCUGGAGCUCAGCUGUAUUAUUAAUGACAUAAGGCAUGUGAUAGUUUGUGGACAUAGCGACUGCAAAGCGAUGAACCUUUUAUAUAAACUGAAAAGUGAAAAGGAAUCUAAUAUUGAACAAAGGCGGAUAUCUCCACUUAAGUCGUGGUUAUGCACGCAUGGCCAAACCAGUCUUGAAAAAUUUCUACAAAUGGACGGUGACUUUGAUAAACCAAUGCUUUUCACUGCUGAAACUCCACAUAGAAAAUUUGUUGCGUAUAUUGACCCCGAAAAUAAAUUUUGUAUAGAGGAUAAAUUAUCACAGGUGGACGUCACCACACUAGGUAUCCUUGAAGAACCUCUAAAAGUGAUAUUUGUG